UAUGUAUGUAGUGAGCACCAUAAUGUUUGAGUCGGACAUAUUGUAAUAUUGAUUUGGCUCUGUACCAAUUCACAUGUGGACGAAGUGCUCAUUCUCAGCUUUAAUUAAACAUUUAUACAUUUUGGUUUCACCAUGUAGAAAUUACAGCACUUUUUAUAAAUAGUCCCCCCAUUUCAGGGUGUCAUAAUAUUUGGGACAGAUGGCAUCACUGUUGUUUCUGAUUAGUCGGGUGCGUUCAAUUGCUUCUUUAGUGCAGGUAUAAGAGUUUUUAUUUUAGUUUUCUAAUUUUUAUUUGAGCUUGUUGAUUGCCUUUGGAGUCUGUUAUUGACGUUUGUCAACAUGAGGACCACAGUUGUGCCAAUGAAAGUCAAGGAAGCCAUUUUUUUCUGGCCUGGAAAGGGAGUUUUGGGACUGUGGAAGACCACUGUAGUGUAUGGCCAAAUAAUACUUUCAAUUGUGAAGAACAGAUCAAGAACAUUCUCCAGGAUGUAGGCAUAGUUGUGUCAAAGACUACCAUAAAGAGAAGAAUACACCAGCAUAUCUAGAGGGUUCACCAUAAAAUGCAAACCACUGAUAAGCCUCAACAAACGAACGGGCAGAUUAGAAAAGUACUUUUAAAAAACUGAGCCCUGGAACAAAGUUUUAUGGACAGAUGAGAUGAGUAUGUACCUGUACCAAAGUGAUAGAAAGAGAAAGAAAAUAACUGCCUAUGAUUCAGAGCAAUGCAAGUAGUGCAAUAGCUCGUACAUGUAUGGUUGCUACUGGAACAGGCUCAGUUCUCUUUAUUGAUGAUGUGACCAUUGACGGCAGCAGCAAGACGAAUUCUGAAGAGUACGAGUACAUAAACAUUGUGUCUGCUCAGAUCCAGUCAAAUACCUUGAAACUCACUGGAUGGUGCUUCAACUUUCAGCAGCAACUGAACAUGCAUGUCAAUUGCUGAAGACAAGACCGAAGGCAAAAAUUUGGUAAAACAAACUGGAACUGAAGAUGGCUACAGUACAGGCCUGGCAGAGCAUCACCACGGAAGAUACAUCUGGUGAUGUCUUGCAGAUGGGUUGCGGACUUGAGUUUGCUGCCAAGUAAUAAAUAUGACAUUUAUUUAAGAUUACAUUGAUUUUCCAAAUUACUUAUGGUCCCCUAAAAUGGAGGGACUACAUAUAAAAAUGGCUGUUUUUUAUACAUGGAUCUAAAUGCCCUCAAAUUAGAGCUGUCAAUCUGCAUUUUAAAUUAAUAUUCCUUGUUUUAUUUCAAAUCCUAUGCGGUGGUGUUGUGCUGCUCAUCUGCAUUGAAAAGAGUUAGUUGAGGUGGUUCGAGUAUCUGAUAAGGACUCCUGUUGGGCGCCUCCCUUUGGAGGUGUUGUGGGCAUGGCCCCCGGGGAGGAAAACCAGAGGCAGACCUGGGACAUGCUGGAGGGAUUGGCCUGGGAUGAGUUAGCGGAAGUCGCUAGGCAUAGGGACGUCUAGGCUGUUCUGCUUGCCCUGCUGCCACUGCGACCCUGAUUCAGACUAAGCAGUUAGAAAAUGGAUGGACGGAUAGAUGGAUUAUGUUGGAGUACAGAGCCAAAACAACAAAAAAAUUGUAUCGCUGUCCUAAUACUUACAGAACACACUACCCACACACGUAGACAUAUCGGUGAAUCGGGGGAGGCGCCUGUUCUCCUGUUUUGCCUAUAGUUCCCAGGAUGCCGAGCAGCUCUGAGACGCAGGAGCAUGAGAGGAUGCAGGUGGAAAUGGACAAGCUGGCCCUUCAGAAGCAGCAGCUGAGAGACAGGCAGGCCAUGCUGAGCAUGCUGGAGGAGUUCGGGAAGCAGAGCGGCCACAUGCAGCAGCACAUGCUGGAGUCCGAGGAAGCUAAGAGGUCUCUGGAGAUUAAAGCAAUCAAGAAGCAGCUGGCGAUACUCAAUGCGAAGGAGGUGGCAUUACAGGAGCAGAUGGACAAGAUCCUUCACCUCAAGAGCCAACCAGAUGUCCUGGAUACUGCCAGCAUCAUCUCUCAGGGUGGUGUGUUCGUCCUCCCCCCCAUUACCAAGCCUGGUGUAGUACCUCCACCGUCCAAGCCAGCUCCACAGGUGAUCCUGGAUGCUCAGGACCUGCCCACCACCCCGUCGCUCAUGAAGUGCCCGGCCUGCCGUGAGUUAAUCAUCACGGAAACGGUUUUCAGGGUGGGGGGCACCACCUGGCUGGUGUGCGUCAUGUGCUCCAUGCUUGGGUGUGUGGGCGGCUGUUGCCUCAUCCCUUUCUGCGCAAAAUGCUUCAAAGACGUGGAGCACAAGUGCCCCAAAUGCCGGACCAGGAUCCACACCGUCAGCAAGCUGUGAGCUGGCUCGCAGACUAACCCCCCCUCCAGGGGCAUUGUGGGAAAUCUGUCUCUGACAGAAGGGGUUUCUGCCGAUGGCGCGGAACAGAAAACGGCCGGAAGAGACAGAGAGGAAUAGGAUGAGGAAGAGGAGGAUGGCGAUCCAGCGGCGUGUGUCCCCUGAACUGUGGGAGGGUUACUGAUGCCCAUUUACCGAUGUCGAUUCUGAACCGCGGCCUUCCUCUGGCCUAUUUAUUUCACAGCUGGGGUGUGCCAAACUCUUACACAGCUGAGCACAGCUUUUGCACAGCUGCACGUGUGCUCAGGUGUGCCAGUUAAAGAGCAGUCAGGAAGUUAAAACAGAAAACCUGUGAAACGCUGACUGCAAAAAUAUGGCACUGUGACACCUUUCAGCCAGUCUUUAGGUGGCUUUAUUCUCUCUCACAUAUAUGGAUUACAUGGCACAUUUAGCAACUGUGGCUAGCCCUUCUCACAUUUACCUGUACCUGUACCCUGCUAGCCUAGUACAAGUGUUUACUUGUGUGUUUUGAAGUAAUCUUCUGGUUUUUUUUUAAACACAGAUCCCAAGAUAGACAGGGUAGACAACUGUGUUUUUCUUUUUAUUUCAUCUGUCAUUUAUUACAAAUGGCAAGUUCAGUGUACAUUCUAGGAUAUAGUUGUUAUCUGGGUAAAAGGGCCAGUUGAUACAUAAAAACAUACAUAACAGCUUCACAAAUGCUAUAAACAUUAGCAUGUACCCAAACAGAAACGGAGAGAAGGUGUUGUGUGCACAAGUCGGAUGGUUUAAAUUUAAAAUGGAUGUCCAUGCAUUGCUUUUUAAAUGUGUAUUUCCAAUAUCCAGUCGGACUUCAUUUGUUAAUCUGUUCACUGGCAAGCCAGAGCGCGUGGUUGUAGAACAGUCGUAAUUUUGCAUUUUACAGUAACUGGAAUCACGGAUGCAAAAUACGCAGUUGUAAAACAGGCUUUUCUGACAUGUUGUUUUGUUUGUGUAAACAGACCAUAAAUGUGUACAAAUAAAACUUUGUGAAUAUAA